UUAUUAUGAACUUUGACCUCACCCACGUGGUAGAGAAAAUGUCCAAGACAAAGAAGCUGAAGUCUCUUUCUGAGCAACUGAAGGAUCUGAGCACUCCCCAGCCAGUGAGCUACCAUCCUGACCAAGAAGACCAAGAUGAUUUCACAGCCGCUAAAGUAGUAGAGUUCUCGUAUGAGGAAGAGCCAUGGAGCUCGAAAAAGAGAAAGAAGGUUGUGGAAGAGUUCGAUGAUGAUCCCAAAUAUUCUGGUAGAGCUAUCAAUAGGAGAGAUCUACAGGACAGUGAAGAAUCCAAUGAUGAACUUGAUGAGCAAUUUUCUGAUGACGAUGAUGAUCAAGAGCAAUCUGACGUGGUGGACAGUGAUGACGAAUCUGACCAAUCGGAUGCCGAGGAUGGAGACCACAUGACAGACUCUGAUGACCCUGAGCCCACCCCCUCCCAGGACCAACCUCAACACUCCAUUGCUACAAUAUCUCUAGCUAGUUUGCAGGAGGACAUUGAGAAGGGCAAGGCAGCCAAACACCAGCUAGGGCUAUGGGAUGGUGUGCUUGAGGCAAGAAUCAAACUGCACCGAGUAUUGGUGGGGGUUAACAAACUGCCUCAGGAGGAGACACUGGAGGCAUUCCUGACAGCAGGGGGAGAGGGGGUCCAGACAACACACAGUCAAUGUCAGAGUGUUUGUCACGAUUUGAUGGACGAUUUGUUGGAACUGCAACGAUCGCUGCUACUGAGGAACAGUGAGACCAGCUGUGUGGUAGGCGGGGCUAGUAACGAUGGUGAUGGUGACAUGGGCAACGAGGAGAUCCCUAGUGACAGUGAUGAUGAAGAGUUGGAGCCACCACCACCUGUUGUAGGGAGGAAGAGAGAGCGUCCAGAAUGGGUGUGUGAGGAUAGUUCGCUGGACUAUGAAGGCUACUUGUCCAGUGUCCACACAGCAUUCCAGGCAUACAGAGAUGAGACCAUCGCCAAAUGGAACACCAAGACAAGAAUAGCCGGCGGAAAGGUCACCAGCAAGUCGUUCGUACAAGUGGACCAAACAGUUCUCUCACAAAUAAAACACAUUCUUGCUGACAAGCCACGCCUACUAAAGCGUACCCAGCUCAAGAGGUCCGUGUAUCGUGUGCUUGGGACGUGUGAGGGAGCGGGCAAGGAUACAACUGACCAAUCAAAUCAGAGUCGAGACGCUCACCUCAAGGAUUAUGAUGAGGAGAUUUUUGAUGAUGAUGACUUUUACCAUCAGUUGCUUCGAGAGCUGAUAGAGCGUAAGAUGGACACUAGCGAGGGUGGUGAUCCCGUUGCCAUGGGGAGGCAAUGGUUACAGCUGCAGAAACUCAGAGCAAAGGCUAAGAAAGAUGUGGACACACGAGCCAGCAAAGGACGCAAGAUCAGGUAUAAUGUACACCCGAAGCUGGCCAACUUCAUGGUUCCCGUGGAAACAGGCACUAUGUCAGAUGUCACCAAGAACGAUCUCUUCUCUUCUUUAUUUGGAGCCCACCAACGAACACUAAGAACAUGAUUAGUCUAUAAUGAUUAUUGUUGACUUUUGUAAAUUAUUAUGUAAAAGAAUUCAUAAUAAAAUUUAAUUAGUAAAAGACAUUGCAUAUUAAUUUUCAUUAAUGACAAAUAAAAUAAUUAUAAUUUUAUAGCAUGA